AUGGACCAUGGGAUGGCAGUCAGUUCUUGGCCACUGACAUUCAAGUUGGUGGAAUUUGAAGAGCAACAAUCAACCAUCAACCAUUGUCCACGAUCAAUCAAUCGAUCGAUCGAUCGAUCGAUCCGGAUAACAAGGAGAGAGGAGAGUCAAGUCUGUGGAUUGAUGCAUGCCCUAUCACCAGCCUCAAUGUCGUCCAAUGGCAACAACAGUACUACCGGUAGUAUCACAGAGCAACAACAUUCUACAGAUUUUCAUGUUUCAUUCUAUAGAAUCAGAAAAAUUGAAGAUGAUUCUAUAGAAUCAAGAGAAAAUUUAAUGGAUUCUAUAGAAUAUGAUGUGUGA